GUGCGCCCUCACCGAAUCCCCCACUAUGGGGAGGACGCAUUUGCCACGUGGAGUACUUGCCCCAUGAUCUAGUCCCACGUGGCAAGUGCGGAGGUGGCGACCCCGAGGUGGCGAUGGGAGCGGGAUGGCAACGCCCAGGUGGCGACGCCAUGUGGCGUACUUGCCACGUGGCGAUGGGAGAGGGAUGGCAACGCCGAGAUGGCAACGCCGAGGUGGCGAUGGGAUCGGGAGCGGGAUCGGGAAGCGAAGGUGGCCACGAGCGCGGGAUCGGGAUCGGAAAGUGGAGGUGGCGAUGGGUACCACACUUCGCACGUGCCAAACAUCGCACGUGGCGCACGUGCCACGUGGCGCACUUUCCACAUCGCCACGUGGCGUACUUGCCCCAUCAUCUAGUCCCACGUGGCAAGUACGGAGGUGGCGACGGGAGCGGGAUGACGACGUCGAGGUGGCGACGCCAUCUCGGCGUCGAGGUGGCGUAAUUGCCCCAUCAUCUAGUCCCACAGGCAAGUGCGGAGGUGGCGACGCCUAUGUGGCGAAGGGAGCGGCAAAUCCUAUCGUGAAGGUCGCGAUCGCGGUCGCGCUGAUCAAGGUCGGGAUCGAGGUUGAUAUCGCGCUGAUCAAGGUCGCGAUCGCGUUGAUCAAGGGCGGGAUCGUGAUCAAGGUCGCGAUCGCGCUGAUCAAGGUCGAGAUCAAUCGGCGAUCCCGAGUUGAUCAAGGUCGGGAUCGUGAAAGAGAGAGCGAUCAAGGUCCGGAUCGUGUCUAGAUCACCGUAGGGGGUUUGCUACGUGACCACUGCGCAAGGAGAAUGAGGGCGUAGGCAGGCGACCAAUAAAUCAAUCAACCAAUC